ACUCUGUCGCCCUGAUACUCUCCCUCCCUCUUUGUCCAUUCCUCUUCGCCCCUUGCUCUCGAUUCGUGUCUGCUCCCUUCGUCGCGCGUCGCAGACAUGGCCCCCAAGAAGAAGGAAACGCCGCAGGCAGCUAAGCCUGCCAAGAGCGGCGGUGGUGGCAAGCAGAAGAAAAAGAAGUGGAGCAAGGGAAAGCAAAAGGAGAAGGUCAACAACAUGGUCUUGUUCGACCAAGCCACUUACGAUAAGUUGCUGUCGGAGGUGCCCAAGUUCAAGCUCGUCACCCCCUCCGUGUUGUCUGACCGCCUUCGUAUCACUGGAUCUUUGGCAAGGAAGGCCAUCAAGGAGUUGAUGGCAAAGGGCACCAUCAGACUAGUUGCCGCUCAUGCUAACCAACAGAUUUACACUAGGGCUACCAACACAUAAGCUUCUGUUUUGGAUGGUUGUGCGUUAUCCGUUCAGAUACGGCAAUGUAAACUGAAGUUUUUAGUGGUGCAAUUUCCUCUGAGAGCUACGUGCCUGUA